AUGGUGCUGACGUCAAUGAGGCAAACGGUGAAGGGGGUAAUUGCUCUCCAUGGGGCUGCCAUUAACGGUAACAUUAAAGUCAUAAAAUAUCUCAUUCAACAAGGUUCUGAUGUCAACAAGGCUGAUUCUAAAGGUUGGACACCAUUCAAUGCUGCUAUCCAAUACGGUCAUCUAGAAGCUGUCAAAUAUCUCAUUGAUAAAGGAGCCAAGCAGAACAGAGAUGAUGGAGCGACCCCUCUCUAUGCUGCAGCUGCGUUUGGUCAUUUAGAUAUCGUGAAAUUCUUCAUUUCCAAUGGCGCUGAUGUGAACGAAGAAGAUGAUAAUGGAAUGAUUCCUCUUCACGGUGCUGCUAUCAGUGAUAAUAUGAAAAUCAUGAAGUAUCUCACUCAAGAAGGUUCUGAUGUAAACAAAGGUGAUCCAAAGGGAUGGACACCAUUCAAUGCUGCUAUCCAAUACGGUCAUCUAGAAGCUGUCAAAUAUGUCAUAGAUAAAGGAGCCAAGCAGAACGGAUAUGAUGGAAGGACCCCUCUCUAUUUUGCAGCUAAAUUCGGUCAUUUGGAUCUCGUGAAAUACUUCAUUUCAAAUGGCGCUGAUUUGAAUGUAGAAAAUGAUAAUGGAACAAUUCCAUUACAUGGAGCUGCUAUUAACGGUAACAUGACGGUCAUUGAGUAUCUCAUUCAACAAGGGUCUGAUGUGAACAAAGCUUGCUGUAAAGGUUGGACACCUUUCAAUGCUGCUAUUCAAGGACGUCAUCUAGAAGUAAUCAAAUAUCUCGUAGAUAAAGGAGCAAAGCAGAACAGGUAUGAAGGAACGACCCCUCUCUAUUUUGCAGCUCAAUACUGCAAUUUCGAUAUCGUGGAAUACUUCAUUUCUAAUGGAGCUGAUGCGAAUGAACAAGAUGAUAUUGGGUGGAUUCCUCCUCAUGGAGCUGCUUUCAGCGGUAAUAUGCAGAUCAUGGAAUAUCUCAUUUAA